AUGCCCCCUCGGAUCCCCACCAGAGCGUUCACAGCGCUGCCCAUCUCCCAGCCCGUCGCCAGCUCAUCAGCCAUCCCGCCCCAGCCCCGCUGCACCUCUCCCCGUUCAUCGCCAUCCCACCACUUUAGCACCCUGCAUGCUGCUGCCAGGCCGCUUUCAGGCAACGCGACUGAGAAAAGGCGGUCAUUCCACUCGACAGCGGUCCACAGCGCGUCAGCCAAGGACCCCUACGACGUCCUUGGGGUGAAAAAAGAAUCGUCUUCUUCUGAUAUCAAAAAAGCAUACUACUCUCUUGCAAAGAAGUGGCAUCCCGACUCGAGCAAGGAGCCCAAUGCCAAAGACCGCUUCCACGAAAUUCAGAGCGCCUACGACGUCCUUUCUGAUGACAAAAAGAGAAAGGCUUACGACACCUAUGGCUCUGCUUCUCAACAAGAAGGUUUCGACCCCAACUUCCCUGGUGGCGCUGGCGGCUUUGGCGGUUUCCAAGGCUUCGGAGGAGGCUUUGGCGGUGGUGGCAACGCAAGCGACCUUUUCGAGUCUCUCUUUGGUGGCCAGUUUGGUGGCGGUCGAGGAGGAUUUGGUGGUGGCGCUCGACAACGGCCUGUGCGUGGAGACGACCUCGAGGCUGGCGUCAACCUUGAAUUUCUCGAAGCCUGCAAGGGCACUACCCGCAAAGUCACCAUCACCCCCGUCGUCGACUGUAAACCCUGUACUGGCUCUGGUCUCAAGCCUGGGGAGAAAAAGACGCAGUGUUCUACUUGCCGCGGUACGGGUCAGCAAACGUUCCAGGUGCAGGGCAUGAUUAUGGCAUCGACCUGUCAGGCCUGUGGAGGAGCGGGGUCGAGUAUCCCGCCGAGUGCCAAGUGUGGAGGAUGUGAAGGUGUUGGAAAAGUCAAGGACAGAAAGGUGGUUGAUGUCGAGAUCCCGGCGGGAGUGGAGGAUGGUAUGAUGAUCAGGAUACCGGGAGCUGGUGACAUGCCUCUGGCGGCUUCUGGUCCCCCCGGAGACUUGCUCGUCAGGGUCUUGGUCCGACCUUCUACCAAGUUUAGGAGGCAAGGGACCAAUGUCCACCACGAUGCCAAGGUGCCGCUUCAUACAGCUUUGCUGGGAGGUGUCAUCCGAAUUCCUACGCUUGAAGGCGAAGUCGACGUCAAGGUGAAGGGAGGUACACAGAAUGGAGAGGAGGCGGUCUUGAAGGGACGAGGUGUGCAGAGUGUGUACUCGCGAGGGAAGAGUGAGCGAGGAGACCUUAUCGUGCAGUGGAAGAUCCAGAUUCCUCGAACUCUGACACCGUUCCAACGCAAGAUUCUGCAGGCCUAUGCCGACGACCUCGAAGGCCGAACCCCCCAAAUUCACUUUGGCCCCUCACCAUCCGAAUCAGCGUCAACGCCAAACGGUGAGACCUCUUCUCGCAAUACCUCCCGCCCUCGACCCUCAUGGUCCACCCACCCCGAUGCCCCUCGUCGUACCGUCUACGAAAAGCCACAUUUCCCCUCCCAUCCUUCUUCCCCUUCCUCUUCGUCCCAACAGGAAAGCUCGCGGCCUUACGAACCAGUCGACUCUGAUGACUCUGGGUUGGCUGGAAAGGUUGCGAGUGCUGUUGGGGGAGUGAUUGGGUGGGUUGAGAGGUUGUUGGGGAAGCGGUAG